AUGGAAAAAUCCUCGGUCCAUAAUAUUUUUGAUGGUACGCUUACUGGGAGAAGAUAUUUGGAAUUUUUGACGGAAAUAUACGGAAUUUUUGUCUAUUCAACUCCACCUUUAAAUGUUCAGGACUUCAUAGAUAAAAUUGUAAAUGCUUAUGCAGAACUUCAAAGAGAACAAAUUUUAGCUGCUACUCAAAGGGAAGUAAUGCUCUGUCUGCAGUCAUUCAUGGAGAAUGAUGGCCUAAAUUUUGAACAAUUUUUAAGAUAG